AUGAAUCGGUGGCGGAGGUCUGUGGGAGAGAUCCAGGCCAGGAAGAGGCUGGUGAGCGAGUGUGAGCAGGCGCAGGCUGCCUUCAACAAACUCACCGCCUGCUUUCAGCAAAUGGCCACCUGCUUAGGAAGCAACACAGACAGCAGCCUUCUGAGAGAUGAGCUGGAGGAAACCAGGGGACAGGCGCAUAAAAUAUGUACAGGGCUGCACCAGAGGCUACUAGAGCUGCUGGUUGAGAACGAGCAAGGCCAGGACGACCGCGUGCAGGUUGAGCGCCUCUGGGUUCUGCUCCUGAGCAAUUUGGAGAACUUCCAACAGCAGCUCAAGAAGGUCAGUGCACUCCAGGAGCUCUUUCCCAUUGCUCUGCAAAAGGACAGACAGGCCCUGGUGAACACAGGCGCUUCCGGAGGAGGCACUGAAGUGGCAGGCUGUGCUGCCGUGGUGCAGAGCCCCUGGGUAGUGAUGGAGUGCAACAAGAAUCCUGACCUGAAUGGCCAUGUGUUGGAGAUUGAGACUCUGCUCCAGGAAAUGCUGCAGAGGGUAAAUGUACCACUGUGGUCAAUCGAGCCGAUGCAGAAAGCCUGGGCUGAGGGAACGCAGGAAGAUGACGAUGAUAUCUUAGAGGAGAUGAUGGAGGUCGAAGUGGUAUCGCAGGAUGGAAAAUCAGGCUGCUGCAGUCAUUCCAACUGUAGACUAAGAUGCAUAUUCUGUUUGCUCAACUAG